AUGCUGAGCUCAGGUCUUCCUUCUGUGUUCCUCUUGCUCACAGCACUGGAGCUGAGCUGGUCCCUGAGUGAUGAAGAGAAGAAAAUCAUCUUGGAUGAGCACAAUAAAUACCGUUCCCAGGUCUCCCCUCCUGCUGUGGAUAUGCUGAGGAUGACCUGGGACGUGGAGCUGGAGGCCUUUGCCCAAGCCUAUGCAGAGAAGUGCAUCUGGGACCACAACAAGGAGAGGGGCCGACGGGGGGAAAACCUCUUUGCAAUGGCUCCAAUCCUGGACCUGGAAUUUGCUGUGGAAGACUGGAAUGCUGAGGAGAAAUACUACAACCUGUCAACUUCCACCUGUGUCCCUGGGCAGAUGUGUGGCCACUACACCCAGGUGGUCUGGGCAAGCACUCAUCAGAUUGGCUGUGGGUCCAAGUUCUGUGAGAAGAUUGAAGGGCUGGAAACAGAGGACAUGUACCUGCUUGUCUGCAACUAUUACCCCCCGGGCAACAUGAAGGGUCGAAAGCCCUACAAGGAGGGACCUUCAUGCUCACAGUGUCCUGAGGACAGAGUCUGUGUCAACUCCUUGUGUGGGCAGGGGAUCCCUUGA